AUGGUUGAAGAGCUGGUGUUGCUUCUGCAGGAGCUUCUGGCGAGGCACCGCGCUCUGGCCUUGGAGAACAGCCAGCUUCUGGAACAGCUGCGGCUGCUGGUGUGUGAGAGGGCCACUCUGCAGCAGCAGGUAUGUCCGCCAAGCUGCCUGCUGUCCUCCCCCUCGAAGGGUAAAGGGGACGGGGACCUGCUCCCUGCGCUCAUCGUGCAAACGCUGUCCUACAUGCUGGCGAAUCAGGAAAGGUUCUUCAACGAUGCCUUGAAGGUAGCAUUCCUGAUCAGCCUUCUCUCCGGGAAUUCCGAGAGUUGGGUGGCGUCUUACCUCCAGAAGCAAAGCACCCUCCUCAGUGAUUAUGCAGUCUUUGUUGAGGAGAUGAAGCGGCAGUUUGGCUGGUAUGAUGACGACAAAGAUGAAGAAGAAGAAGAAGAAGAA